AGAGACAAGAAGACGAAUAGUAGGAAAACAGGCCUUUUAACAUAUUUGGUUUAUCGUUGGUUGCGAACAUUUUGGAGGGAGAGAGAGUCGUUGGUUGUUCGUUGUUGUUGGCACGACACGGUUACGGAGAAGAAACAAAGAAAGACAUUCAUCUCAUUCUUCUUCUUCUUCUUUUUUAUAAUCUCUAUCGAUCUCUCUGAGAUCACACAAACAAUAAACAAGUUUCAGCAAUACCAACACAUUAUUAUUAUUCCAAAUGGGUACCUUUCAGAGCUUUAGAAAAGCCUAUGGAGCUCUCAAAGACAGCACCAUGGUUGGCCUCGCCAAGGUCAACAGCGAUUUCAAGGAUUUGGACAUUGCCAUUGUAAAGGCCACCAAUCACGUGGAGUGCCCUCCCAAGGAUCGUCAUGUUCGAAAAAUUUUUUCAGCCACAUCAGUAUCACGUCCAAGGGCCGAUGUGGCAUACUGUAUACAUGCACUUGCAAGGAGAUUGUCCAAGACAAAAAAUUGGAUUGUUGCUAUAAAGACAUUGAUAGUCAUUCACAGAACAUUGAGAGAGGCUGAUCCUACCUUCAGAGAAGAGCUUCUAAAUUACUCGCACAGAGGACACAUCCUCCAAAUAUCCAAUUUCAAAGAUGACUCGAGCCCUCUUGCAUGGGAUUGUUCUGCAUGGGUUCGGACAUAUGCACUGUAUCUAGAGGAACGGCUCGAGUGUUUUAGAGUCUUAAAAUAUGAUAUUGAGUCAGAGCGUUUCACAAAGUCAGCUGGAGCAUCCAAGGUACCUACUAGAACACGGAUGUUGGGUUGUGAUGAGCUUUUGGAACAGCUGCCUGCAUUGCAGCAGCUUCUUUACCGCCUUAUUGGUUGCCAGCCUGAAGGAGCAGCUUAUAGCAAUUAUCUCAUACAGUAUGCCUUGGCCCUGGUAUUGAAAGAGAGCUUUAAGAUUUAUUGUGCAAUCAAUGAUGGGAUUAUAAAUCUUGUGGACGUGUUCUUUGAUAUGUCAAGACAUGAUGCUAUGAAAGCGCUCAAUGUUUACAAAAGAGCUGGCAAACAGAUUGAAAAUCUUGCUGAUUUUUAUGACUGUUGCAAGGGUUUGGAUCUUACUAGGAACUAUCAGUUUCCAUCUUUGAGACAGCCACCUCCAUCAUUCCUUGCAACAAUGGAAGAAUAUAUAAAAGAAGCACCUCAGACAGGUUCGGUGAAUAAGAGACUGGAGUAUCGGGAGACGGAACAAGUGAUUGUGAAAGCUGAUGAACCUGAAGAACCUCUGGAAAGUGAAAAACAGGAGGAAAAUGCUGAGGAGGGAAAACCAUUUGUAGAUGCCGAGCCUAAGGAAGAGGAGGUGGAACCUCUACCUUUGAUAUCAACUGAAGAUACUGGGGACCUGCUGGGUCUGAAUGAAAUAAAUCCAAAAGUUGCAGAACUAGAUGAAAACAAUGCUUUGGCUCUUGCGAUAGCGUCACCUGGGAAUAAUUCUUCAACUAAUCAUGGUUUGAGUGACAUCGGUGGGACUUCAGGUUGGGAGCUAGCAUUGGUUACCACACCAACCAACACUGGUAGCCACUUGGGGGAAAGCAAAUUGGCUGGUGGGUUUGACAAGCUAUUACUUGAUAGCUUGUAUGAAGAUGACUCAGCCAGGAGACAGAUACAACUGCAGAAUGCUGGGUAUGGAUAUGAGGGGAUGACAAUGCAAAAUCCAUUUGAUCAACAACAGGACCCAUUUAUAAUGUCCAACAACGUAGAACCUCCACCCAAUGUGCAGAUGGCAAUGAUGACUCAGCAACAGCAGCAAUACCAACAACAGCAAAUGAUGUUUCCACAACAGCAACACAACAUGAUGGUGGUACCUUUCCAGUAUCAAUCUCAAUACCCUCAACAACAGAUGCAACCUAUGGAUUCACCGAAUCCCUUCGGAGAUCCAUUUGUCGGCUAUCCACAAAGUGCAAUGCCACAACAAGGAAAUCAUACUCUAAUUUAGAGGUUCAGUUUUUUCCCCUUAGUUUGAUUAUAUUCUUUAAUUCUUUGUAUUAGGGAUUUUUUUUUUCAAAAAUUUGUUGCAAAGUUUGAUAAUCCCAUUCUUUGUUUACUCAAAAAGUUGUGACUCUUUGUAUUUUUGUAUUGAUGAAUCAUUUGAUAUUCAA